AUGGAUCACCGCACCACCAUCGUGCAAAAACCCACCAUCACUGAACUCGCCACCGACGAUUUUCUCGAGCAAAUCCUAGGGUUUCCGACGUACGGAGUAGCCGAUAAUAACUUGGUGGGAAAUGAUGCGGCUAGCUUAGCAGGAGCUCCGACUUCGAUGAUGCUCCAGCUCGGCUUGGAUGACGGUUCGAAAUCAGGCACGGAGAAGGCCGCCGCCGAUCUGUGCAGAGCCGCACCCAGCCAUCGUCCGUGCCUGAGAGUGUUCGUCAGCAACGAUCUCCGACGGGCAAUGAACAGCGGGUUAUUUAUGCUCGUGUAUGGGGACUGGGGUAAUAUUGAGUAUGAGUGA